ACACACACACCACGCACGCACGGGUCGUCGGCUGCGCAGUGUUGCCAUCAGGGAAGGUGUCCUCUGCCCUGACCCCUCAUGAUGCCAACGAAAGAGGCUCACUUCAUCUACAGCUACUCCAGGAAGGGGCAUGGUCACGCACACAUCACAGUGGAAGAGGCGGCGGGAAUUGGCAUACUCACGGUGAUCCUGGCAGUUUUACUGCUCGUUGGCUGCUGGUAUUGCAGAAGAAGAAAUGGAUACAGAACCUUGACGGACAAAAGCCUUCAAGUUGGUCUUCAAAGGACCGUAAAAAGAACAGUCCCACACGAACAGCCUGGACGUCAGGACAGCAACCUGGUCUUUCAAGAGAAAAAUUGUGAACGUCUGGUUCCCAAUGCUCCACCUGCCUAUGAGAAAGCCUCUACAGAACAGUCACCACCACCCUACUCACCCUAAGAUCCAGCAAGGCACCUGAGAAAUGCUCAAAU